UACUACUUGCUAAACUAUUAGAUUUCCAUAGUGUCCUCUUCUGUAAUGUUUAAUUUAAUUUAAUUUAAUUAUUAUUACAAAAUUCCCCUCCCUGAUAUGAUGGCUGUUUCUCACAAACCUCUCUUUCUCUUUGCUUUGCUCCGCUCUAACGCUCUUUCACAAUUUCCCGCCAGAUUUUGAAUUGUGAAUUGCUUAAUUAUUAUAAUAAUUUGUUGAAUGGAGAGAUUUUUAAAAUUUUCUGAACAGGGCGACGAGGGUAAUGAAAAUCCGAGCACGGCGCGGAGGAACGCGGAGGUUGAUUUUAACGACGUGUUUGGAGGACCACCGCGGCGGUCAUCGGUAAACGAAACGGUGAGAGGAGAGGAAGGUGAAGGGAGUUGGUGUAGGUGGCCUAAUUAUGAGAGUGAGAGUGAGAGUGAGAGAGAGAAACCGGUGUUUGGGGAAGAUAGUGGAAACAGGAGGCGUUACCAAAACAAAAAAGCGAAAGAGUUUUUUGAUGAUAUAUUUGGUGGAGAAGAGUCUCGGAGUGAGAGUGUGUGUUCAACGCCAAACAAACGUCUUGAUGCUGCUGCUUUCACUCCUGCUCUUCAACCACUUGCUUCUUCUCUCCCCCCGUCAUUCAGCCUACCUGCCAAAUCGACAAAAGGGGCGGACCUUCAAACAUUUGGUUCCCCUCCUAGUAGUAGGAAGCCACUUGACAUCGACAUUGCUGCUUCAAAUAGAUCAGACUUCUCAGAUUCGCAUCUUUCUAGAUUUUCAGUUCAACAUAAGGAAUUGCAAAAUGAUUUAAAACCAUCACACCGACCAAGUCUCCUAUCAAAGGAGUUUUCAAAUUUGAGCCAAGCUGAUGAAGUAGACAAAGGAAAUAAUAUGAAACAGGAUACCAGUGAUGAUAAGUUCCAUUUCUCAAUAUACAAAUGGGCAAGUAAAGGGGUGCCUUUGGCUAUGCCUCUUAGGACAGAGAGAACAUCAAGGACAAAAGAUAAGUUUAAACUUAAGAAAUGCUCGAGCGCUAAUGAAUGGAUAGUCACUGAGAUUACCACCCAAAAUGAUAGUCCUAUAACAUACAAUGGUUCUCCUUUGAGAAAUAAAAAACAAGAUGUGUCAACUACUUCCACAAGCACUCACAACAAGGUAGAUGCACACCAGACUGGAGAACAUAUAGUUUCUGCCAAAGCUCAAUCAGAUUCAUUGAGCAGUCGCCAAAUUUUUAUUAAAGAUGUUCUUAGUAGUCCUAUCUCGUAUGUCGCUAGAGCAGAAUCAAGUAGUCGUUCUACAAGUGAGAUAGUCUUCUAUGAAAAACCUGAAGCAGCAAGUGAAACUCAUAAACAUGAGUCCAAAUCAUUACAUUCUCUGUUCAGUAAAAGUAAUGAGAAACAAGAUUUUGAUGAGACGACUAGAAAGGAGAGGGAAGAAAACAUGACGAAAGGCUCAAAGAAGUUGUCUCCUAUUUUUGAUAUUCCUGUGAAUCCAAAGAAGCAAGAUGAAAAGAGAAAGACAGUUUCCUUAAGAGAAAAUUCAAAGGGUUCAUUAAGCCCAGGCAAGAAUAUGGGGAAAGGCCAAGUUAAAGGAAAAGUUAAAGAAUUUGUUCACAUAUUCAACCAAGAAGCUGUAACAAAACCCAGAGUUAACUCCAAAUCUCAACUUCAAGGUUAUACAUACAAGCAGAAAAGAGAUGCAAAGGCAAAUAAUAAUGUGGAUGGUAAUUCUGAGCAGUCCAAGAAGGAGAUCUAUACCGUAGAGACUGUCGAUAUGUCUGCCAAUAAUUUGUCACAGCAGGAGGAUAUCUCAGCAUCAGCAGAAAUUCAUGACAUUUCAUUUGCUGUUAACGGAGAUAAAGACGAGUCCUUCCAUGAUAAUUUCACGAUCGAAGUAUUAGCCCAAGAUGAGGGUGAGGACUCACAGAACCAAGAAAUUCAAGUCAUUGACAAGAAGAUACAACUUUGGUCUAAAGGAAAGGAAGGAAACAUACGCUCGCUACUGUCAACAUUACAAUACGUACUUUGGCCAAACUGUGGCUGGAAGCCUGUCCCUCUUGUUGAUAUAAUUGAUGGGAAUGCGGUGAAAAGAUCUUAUCAAAGAGCUUUGCUCUGUCUGCAUCCAGAUAAGUUGCAGCAAAAGGGUGCUGCUUCAGACCAAAAGUACAUUGCCGAAAAAGUUUUUGAUAUUUUACAGGAGGCAUGGACUCAAUUCAAUAUGGUUGGUGCACUCUAAUGCCUGUCAAUACUCAAUACCAACAUGGGAAAAAGCUGUCGUUGAUGAUACCUUAUGGGAAUCUGCCUUCGUCAGUUUGUCAGCAAGGGAAUAGAUAUUGUUCUUAUUGGAAUUGUAAGUGUUAAUUUAUAUUGUUGUAGCUAAUUUUUUUGUGAUAGGAUAUAAAUGAAUGACUCCACUCGGGUAUGCAUAUAAUUUUAUUUUUUUUUACCUAAUAAUAUAUAUUAGUCAUAUUUUUCGUAUAGCACAGUCAUUUUUUUUGAUGUAUUACUACAGUAAAUAUAUAAGAGGAAAUGCAAGGCAACUGAGUUCAUGGUGU